AACAUUGAUAAUGUAUUACUGACACAUGCACCCGAUUAUUAUUUUCUUACUUAAGGUAUAUAUAUAAAACACAAUUGUAGGUAUUAAAGCGUAGCACCGGAUGUUAUCUUCAGUCCCCCCGGAUGCGUCGUCCUGCGUCACACAAAGCAGAGACCGCCGUCCGACCACAACGAGAAGGAGCCAUGAUGGGGCAGCACCUAAUGUCGUGUUUUUACUAACGGUAUAGGACAUGUACUGAUAGAAGUGGACUUAUAUCGAAUUUCGCAGGAACGGUGCACUAUACCAAGAUACAAUAAUGUCUGCGGACGAUUUUCAGACGAAAUACUCCUCCGUCAUGGAGAGUAUGCUAAAGGCUGCAAUCGCAGAGACUACGAAACUUUUCGAAAGUAUGGUCGACGAGCUGAAGGCCGAAAUAUCCAAGAUGAAAACGGAGAACGAGGAACUCAAAACAAGAUGCUGGCAGUUUGAGAUGGAGAGAAAUCAACGAACUGUUUUUAUCGUUUCCGGAGAAAGUGAGCCUCCUCCAGGGCCCAGCGACGGCUCUGAGAAACGUGAUCAAGCUAUUCAAUGCGAUAUUGUUCCUUCCCGAAUGAUGCUGGUGGAGCAAUGUCCACCUGUGAAUCAUCAGGAGAUUGAGAACACUCUGCAUGACCACAACUAUGAGGGAACUACUCAAAUGGUCUCUAUAGUUGUCAAACAGGAGGAUUCCUAUGAUUCUCAGUCGCAUUCCGUCGUUAAGCAAGAGGAAGUGGAGCAAAUGGUGGUCUGCGGGCAAGUUUCAGGUGAUCAACCAGAUUCACCCCAGGCCUCUGCUUGUGCAACUGAAAUUGGAGGGCAUCUCGUUAACCAGGAAAGUUCAACUGGAGAAAUACCCACGCCCCAAGAAGAGACCCCAGUAGCCCAAGAACAACCCUGUUUGGGAAGUAAUAGUGGUCUCGAAGGAGCUCAGAAUCAAUUGCCUGAAUUGGUGCCUUCAAUAGUCUUCUCACUUGCUUCCAUAAACAACAACAUAGAAGAAGAUUCUGAAGUAAGUCAAAACAUAUCAGCAACGCAGGGAGAACUCAUAAAAACUGGAAAGCCCCAAUCGGUGGUUGCUCAUAAUGAAUCAGAGGUUGAACCUCUUGAAAAAGAGCAACCAUUAGUGGUCAACCUACAAUGUCCAAAGGAGGGCAAAACAACAGUAAAUGAACAGGCUGAUGUUACUCCUAAAACUACAGGGAAACGAAUACGUGCACCACGUAAACAACUCAAUAAAGGAAAAGCAUUUGAAGAAUCAAAAAGUGGCGACGCUGAGGGUAGUUCCCAGCCUGAGUUGCCAGGCCCACGUAGAAGAGGACGUCCGCCAAAGCAAGCCAAAAAUCAGCAACAGCCUAUGAAGGAAAAUGGUUCUCCGACUUUUUCAGUACCAUCUGUAGGUAAAAGAUGUUCCUCUAGAAAGGGUAAAACCUCUAAACCUCAACAACUCUCCAUGGAAAAUGAAAAAAUCUCGAUUCAAACUCCAUUCACUGAAUCUUUAUCUUCAAUUGAAACAUUAAACCCUCCUGAAGAUCAGCCCAGAGAACGUCGUAGCUCUGUAACUCUUCAGGAUGCAAUGCUAUUAGUUGAAGCUAUGAAUCAGUCAACAGUGGAUAUGGCAGCACCAGCUAAGACCCAGAGUGCUUCUCAUGUGGGCAUCCUACAAACUGUGGACGAGGUCGCAGCAGAGCAACAGACACCACCGCUUCCUAUUGAAACAUGUAAAGCUGCAUGCAAGCUGGAUGUUACAGAGCUCUCCACAAAGGACCAAUCAACAAUAGAGAAACACAAUGACUCUCCUGUGAAUACUGAUAUAACUCCGACCAAUGAGCUUCAGUCCAACAUCAACUUUGUCCUACCAAAACAACAGCAUAUAGUAAUUCCAUCUACACCUACUAUAUCUUCAAUUCCCUUAACACAUGUUGCGGUUCAAAGCAUUAUGCGGGCACUUCAACAGCAAUCUUCUGCUUCUCCGGUAACAUCAGUAGCAACCAGCAAAACGAUCAAGUCAGUCUCUCGUAAAAUAAUUGCCAUGCCAAGAUCAUUAUCCUUCUUAAAACCUCCUAAAAUAGGAGCACCAUCUCCCUCCCAGCCUCCUACUGUUGUGUCAACAGUUGUUGCUGCACAGAAGAAGAGUAUACUUCCAGACUCCUUAACUGCCGGCUUGCUUCUCGGAACCCCCUUUUAAAGACUCUGUUCCUCAGACAACAGUAGACGCUGCGUCCGUGAAAUUGGUUUCUGCUGACCUUUCACAGUCAACCACAACCGCAAAAGACUCAUUGUCAGGGCCAACACAACAACCUCAAUUCACAAUAAUAAUUCCAAGAGAAGUGUCAGCUGUGGCGUCAAGGCUGCUUCAUUCACAGACCAUCAUUCCGAAAACCAAGCAAGAUACAGCCAAAUCAGAUGCUCUUGUUACACUGUCAUCGCCCGAUUUGAUUUCACCUUCACAGGAGUUAAGGAUUACUGUGAAUCCACAAAUUGCUUCAGAUGAAGACACCAAAGUGUUGUUUCAAAACAAGAGUGAAACAUCGGAACCUAUUUUAGAAUAUCCCCAACAAAUAGACUCCGUUUCUGAGCUAAUAAAAGCACCUACAGAAAACAUUCCCAGUUUAAACGCAUCAGAGGGGCCAGUGCCUACCUCUGUGCCUCCAGUGAUAACGCAAAAAACUGUUGCACAGAAACUCUCUGCCGUGGUCAGAUUAACCAGGCUCUCAUUUCCAAUAUCAGCCAAAGAAGCAGUGAAUGUCUCUAGACUGCCUACAGAUGGAUCUUCUGAAAACUUGAAAGAAGGUAUCACAAAAGAGAAACCAUCAUCUGUGGUUAUGUCAACGCAGCCAUCAAAGACGCUUGUGUCAUCCACUGAGUUAUGUCCCGGAUUAAAAGAAACUCCUGUUGUUCUGCCUGUGAAUAUCUCUCAGAUGGCAGAAAAGCCCAAAGGUAUUCAAGAGAAGGCAUCAUUAUCCUCUGAAGGCAGAACACCUUCCGAGGUGUCAAGACCAGACUUUGAGAACUCAACAAUGGCCCCCAAUACAACACCUACAGAAAAUAAAUCAUCGGCUGACAUCAUGCAUCUAACUCCAAUCGCCACCGAGGACAUGUCAACUCCUCAUUCAUGGAUGACUAAAGCCCAGUUCCUUGCACAGCUGGCAGUGACACCUGUUACGAAAGACCCAACAAAGGCUUCCUCAGAGGACUCCAUGGAUGCCACAGCUUCCUCUGAAGACACCAUAACUGGUGACAAGAAAAGGUUCCACAACAAAUCUAUUUUGGACAAGCUCCAAAGUCAUCUCAAAACUCGCUUGCAAACUCAAAGGUCUAAAAUGAAUCCAUGCAAAGAAACAGAGACCAGCGCUAUAAGGCCUAUAAAUCCUAGAUUAAAAAAUGACAGCCCAGCCAAUGAAAACACAACAAAAAAAUCAAUUUUCCUGAUACCAAAAGACUCAGGAUUGGUUAAAGAUGUUACAUCUCCAGCCAGGAAAGCUGUUCACCCUGUUCGUUUUAUUCCCAAGAGAUCUGGACAAUCUGGAGCUAGUGUUGGAUCCAAGAGGACUUUUAGUGAUCCACCGGUCAGUUCUAAGAGGUUUAAGGCUACUAGAGAGUCCACUCCUUUGACUCGCCGGUCUACAGGUGUAGAUGUUGGCUCCACAACUAAAAGAUCCACUUCUCUGUAUCCUAGGAUGUCUAGCUUUACUUUAACUAGCUCUAAAACGGAUAAAUCAACUUCCAUGGGUCCUAGAAAAUCUAUCUCAAUUAAAGAAAUUGCUAGCCCUAAAAACAGAAAAUCAGCUUCUGUCAGCCCUAGGAGGUCUAGCUUAAGUAAACAAAGUGCUAGCCCUAAAAACAGAAAAUCAGCUUCUGUCAGCCCUAGGAAGUCUAGCUUAAGUAAACAAAGUGCUAGCCCUAAAAACAGAAAAUCAGCUUCUGUCAGCCCUAGGAGGUCUAGCUUAAGUAAAGAAAGUGCUAGCCCUAAAAACAGAAAAUCAGCUUCUGUCAGCCCUAGGAGGUCUAGCUUAAGUAAAGAAAGUGCUAGCCCUAAAAACAGAAAAUCAGCUUCUGUCAGCCCUAGGAAGUCUAGCUUAAGUAAACAAAGUGCUAGCCCUAAAACGGAUAAAUCCACUUCCAUGGGUCCUAGAAAAUCUAUCUCAAUUAAAGAAAGUGCUAGCCCUAAAAACAGAAAAUCAACUUCUGUCAGCCCUAGGAAGUCUAGCUUAAGUAAACAAAGUGCUAGCUCUAAAACAGAUAAAUCCACUUCCCUGAGUCCCAGAAAAUCUAUCUCAAUUAAAGAAAGUCCUACCCCUAAAAAGACAAGAUCCACUUCUGCAAGUCCUAUAAAGGGUAGCUCACCUAAUGAAAGUGUUGGCUCAAAAAAGACUGACAGCAUUUCUGUGCGUCCUGGGAGGAUUAGUUCAACUAGAGAUGGCGCUAGCAAUAAAAGUUCUGAAACCACUUCUGUGGACCCAAAGAGGACUACUUUAAGUAAAACUGGCACUAGCCCUCAAAUUAUCUUCAAGGGGUCGCCUUCUUUCUGCCGUAGAAAAUGUACCUUACCUAAAGAUGCUACUACCAGUGCACAGAUUCAAGGGGAAACCAAUUCCUUCAGUCCUGGGUAUAGAAUAACUUCAGACGAGGCUAGUACUAAAGAGGUUAAGUUGAACCCUGGUUCCCCAAGUAUUAGGUGGCCUAAAUUGGCUAAAGGUUGUGUCAGUCCUAGAAAGACAAGGGAAUCCACUCCUGCAAAAAAAAAAAGAUUAAGUCCAGAUGUUACUGGUCCUAAAAAUAAUUUAAGAGUGGUGAAUGCUAAGAAGUUGGCUAAAGCAGCAAAAGCCAAAACAAUGGCCAAAAUGAGAAGUUCCAGUCAAUCCAAGUUGCAGAAUGGAACUAAAACAAGCCAGUCAGCAGAGAACAGUGACACUCCGAAAAAAAUUACAGCUAAAGCCAUCUGGACUCCUCCUAGAGUAUCAGCCAAUAAAACACCUCCUGCUGGGGAGAAGAAAGAGACAAAAUCACCCAAAUCCCAGAAUCAACCGCUAGUUUUCCCUCCAAGCGUUUCUCUCUUCCCUAUACCUGUCAGAGGACCUACUGUUAUGUCACCAUUACAGCCUUUAUCAGUCAUUGGUAGGCGUCUGCUCAAGAACCAGUGUGGGCAGUGCGGCCGUGUCCUCAGCAGCGUUGCAGCCCUAGAAAGCCAUGUUCGUCUCCACACUGGGCACCGACCCUUCUCGUGCACGCUCUGUGGGAAGGGCUUCCCAGACUCGAAAUGUCUCAAACGCCAUGCACGGGUUCACCGCAAUGGUAGGAUCCAUGUCUGCCCACAGUGCGGGAAGGGCUUUGUCUAUAGUUUCGGCCUCACCAAACACCUCAAGAUGGUGCACAGGAGGAUCAAGCCUUUUGUCUGCCAGAUCUGCCAGAAAGGGUUCUUCACAAAACGAGAUGUGGAAGCCCACCUACGGAUGCACACUGGAGAGAAACCAUUUCAUUGCAACCUCUGUGAAAAGAAAUUCGCAAGGAGGGUAGAACUUAAUAUCCAUUUAAGGUGGCAUAAUGGAGAGAAGAGACACUGGUGUUCAUACUGUGGGAAAGGAUUUCUAGACUCCAAUAACCUGAAAAGGCAUAAGUAUAUUCACACAGGGGAGAAACCACAUGCCUGUCCUCACUGUGAUAAGAGUUUCAAGCAGUCAGGCCACCUGAAAAAGCAUGUCAAAAAUGUUCAUAAAAUCCCAUGAGAGAUGGACAUCCAAUAUGCCACCCUUUUCCUCUGAGGAUGUUAUUAGCUGUAAGAAGGCUUCAAUAUCACUUCAUUUAAGGAGAUAAGCUCUUUUACAUUCUUAACAAGAGUUAAUUUGAGUUUAGUUACAAAUAUUUCAACAAAUAAUUUCCUUUCAAUUUUGGGAAAGAACAAGUGAUAUCAUCCAUACUUGCAAGCUCACAUUAAAACAUUGGGGCUGCAUUCGAAAUAACAUACUUUAUUCAUGAAUCCGCUGUACAAAGGAUUGUGGCUCAGAAUAGCCAGAUAAGCAUUGCUGCAAAAGCAACUGGAUAUAACAUUUUUAAAAACCUUAAUUGUAAGUAUUCUCACAGCAGAUAUGUUCAAAUCACUUGAUGUUGUAAUAUCACUUGAUUUAAAAAAAAAAAAAAAAUUAUUUAUUCAUUUAUUUGUCUUAUUUUAAUUGCUAGAAAACAUGAAAUGACGGAACUGUUACAUAAGGACUGGUUUUCCAUUUUCUUUGUGAACAUUUUGUAAAAAAAAAAAAAAAGGCAAUUGUAAGUAUUGUAUCUGCUAGAUUUUGCUUGGGCAAUAAUGUAACACAUACGACAACAAUUUCAUUUCAUUUCAAACCUUUUUUUAUCCAGGUGUAUCCCAUUGAGAUUAUUGAUCUCUUUUUCAAGGGAGACCUGCAAUUACAAUUGUGCUUUCACACUGGACAAGAAGCCAAUGAAGCCAUCCCUGAAAAAGACAAUGAAUGUACGGCCAUGGUUAUUAUACAGCUCGGUAUGACCACACAUAUUUCUCUUGAGGUGAAACGAUUUAUUUUUUCAAAUGUUCUGUAAACAUCAGAGCACUGGAACACGACUUAAGCAUUUAUCUGUGUCCAUUAGUCUAAACAAAACUUUUUCUUUCAAGUGUUUCAAAUAUUGUUUACGAAAAAAUACAGAUUUAAUGUCGUAUUUUUGCGGAAUUCUCCUUUUUUGAUUUUCUUAUAUUGCCAUUGUGUCGCACACUGUUUUAUUUUACAAGGGACAGAUAUCAUGUUAUGUCUUCUGUAAAUGUAUUUUUCUGCCUGCAUUCAAUUUUUUGAAAGUGGAUACUACCCCUUGAAUAACUCCCUGACAACAAUGGCCAGACUUUUUUUGAGAAUUCUAAACCUUUAGUUUGAAUUCAUUUGAUUACUAUGUAUAUUUCCUUGGUCUGUUAUCUUUUCUGUCAUUGAGAAAGCAGAUAAUAAAUAUAGAGGUGUCAUACUAAACCGCUCCUAUGCCCUUUGUCUGAAUAAAUGUGACUUUUUAAAUCAA